GUGAGGGGGGCGGCAGUUGAAGCGCGCACUGAAACAAGCGAACCGAUUCCCACCGAGAAGACAGACGGUCGCCUAUCAGUCGUGUCUGAGCUCGAGCGAGCAUCGCUGAUCGUUCUGUUACCGCGUCGCGAGAUCAGAAGCUCCCAAAAAUGUGUUUUUAAAAAUAACUGCCGAACCCAAAAGCAAAAACACGGCCAACCGGCAACUUCCAAGGUCUGUGUUCCCGCUAAAGUUUGGAAUUUAGACUGCGGACCGCGUGAAGCAUCCACGAGCACAGCAGGUGGAUGCCGCCAUGCCAUUUGGGUGCCUUGCCCUGCGUGAUGGGCGGAACCUAGACAGUAUCUCUGAUGUCACUGACAAGUAUGAGAUUGGCCAGGUUCUUAAAGCGAAGGAGUUCUGUGAGCUGUGUCUGGCCAAAGAUCGACAGACUAACAAGGUCUUUGUCUGUAAGAAGUUUUUCAAGAAGGACGGAAGGAAAGUACGCAAGGCUGCAAAGAAUGAAAUUCUGAUCCUCAAAAUGGUGAACCACCCAAACAUCCUCCAACUGAUCGACACAUUUGAGACGAAGAAAGAAUUCUUCAUCAUCCAGGAGCUGGCUACGGGUGGUGAUGUGUUUGACUGGAUCCUGGACCAGGGCAACUACACGGAGAGAGAUGCCUCCAACGUCAUCAGACAAGUUCUGGAGGCUGUGGCCUACCUACACUCACUGAACAUAGUCCACAGAAACCUCAAGUUGGAGAACUUGAUGUACUACACAGAGAACAAUCACAACAAAGUGGUUCUGCGUGAUUUCUAUCUUUCCAAAUUUGAGAAUGGUUCCAUAACAGAACCUUGUGGAACACCUGAAUACCUUGCCCCGGAGGUUGUGGCCAGACAUCGGUAUGGUCGACCAGUGGAUUGUUGGGCGGUUGGGGUCAUCAUGUACAUACUUCUGUCAGGGAACCCCCCUUUUUAUGACGAGACAGAAGAAGAAAACACAGACCUUCACAACCGAAUCAUCUUCUGUCGUAUCGUAGCCGGGGAGUUUGAGUUUGACUCUCCAUACUGGGAUGACAUUUCUGUCCCAGCUAAGGAGUUAGUCUGCAGGCUAAUGGAGGUGGACCAGAUGCUGAGAAUCACAGCUGCAGAUGCUCUGUUUCACGAGUGGAUCGCUGGUAAUGGGGCCUCAGAGAAGAACCUGAAGGAUGGAGUUUGUGCCCAGUUUGAGAAGAACUUUGCCAAGGCCAAGUGGAGGAAAGCCAUCAGAGUGACCACAUUCAUGCAGCGUCUUCGUGCAUCUGAAGCCGCUGCAUCGGAAGCAGCCAGAGAAGCGGGAAGUCAGGGAGGGCAGAGUGAGGGGGGAGAAGGAGAACUGGGGAAGACAGAGGAAGGAAAGGAGACACCAGGCAGGGUAUCUCUGGAGGUGACAGUUGAAGCCAGUCCAGAGCGGGAGGCGAGGAAUGGAGGAAUAGGCGAGGAGAAGAGGGAAGGAGAGGGGAGUGAAGGUGGGAGGAUCUCUCCGUCAGCCACCAAGGAGCGACUCACCCAGCCAGCUAACCAAUCAAAUGCAAGCUCAAAGCCUCAAGGGGAGGAGCCUGAGAAGACAGAAGUUGUGCUGAAGGCCUCAAGCAAAACAGCUGCCACACUGGAUUCCACUACAACUACCACAGGCACCAAAACACCUCCUACCCCCACUGUGACCUCUGAACUCACCAAACCCAAGGACCCCAUCCCUGACCUCCACACGCCAGCCUCUUCGUUGCCCAGAAAAUCUGAAAAGAAGCAUUCACCCUAUGUCACUUCUGAGACUCCAACGACCCAACGACGCAAGAUGGCCGCCCACCUCCACAACACAGGCCCUGCUUCUGCUACAGCCACAGCUGCUCCUGUUCCUGCUGCCACAGCACCCCCUGCUGAGCGGAGAGCAGCAGUGCAGGUUCCGGUGGAGCGGAGACUGGACAUGGAGGACAGCAGCUGGUGCCAGACCCAGCUCCCUGAGGCGGUGGCAGAGAGACGUGCAGGGGGAGGAAGUGGGCUUGGUGUGGGGUCCAUGGGCGUUGGAACUGGGAUGGAAAAGGGAGGAGUGACAGGACAUGGGGUAGUUGGAUCAGGGACAGGGGUAGUUGGAUCAGGACAGGGGGUAGUUGGAUCAGGACAGGGGGUGGUUGGAUCAGGGCCGGGGGUAGUUGGAUCAGGACACGGGGUGGUUGGAUCAGGACAGGGUGUGGUUGGAUCAGGGACAGGGGUAGUUGGAUCAGGACAGGGGGUGGUUGGAUCAGGACAGGGGGUAGUUGGAUCAGGACACGGGGUAGUUGGAUCAGGACACGGGGUGGUUGGAUCAGGACAGGGGGUAGUUGGAUCAGGACAGGGGGUAGUUGGAUCAGGACAGGGGGUAGUUGGAUCAGGACACGGGGUGGUUGGAUCAGGGUCGGGGGUGGUUGGAUCAGGACAGGGGGGGGUUGGAUCAGGGCCAGGUAUAGUCGGAUCAGGGCCUGGGGUAGUUGGAUCAGGGUCGGGGGUGGUUGGAUCAGGACAGGGGGUAGUUGGAUCAGGGCCUGCGGUGGUUGGAUCAGGGCCGAGGGUAGUUGGAUCUGGACAGGGGGUAGUUGGAUCAGGGCCAGGGGUGGUUGGAUCAGGGUUAGGCCUCAGAGGUGACACAAGCCCCAUGUCUAGAGAGCGGAGGUCAGAUAGACAGAGUUCAGAGUUUGGCCUGUCCAGGGGGGCCUACAGCUACACCAGGGUGUCCACAGCUUAUGGCCCGGAGGUGGAGCUGGGGGGGUACGGGGGUUCCUACUGCUCCUCUCUGUACAGCAGUGGGCCUGGAGGCGGGGCUUAUGCCGGUCUGGAGCACACAGGCCUUGGCAGCGGGGCUACUGAUUGGCAGAUGGACAGCGUGAUCGAACAGAUUGAGAAGCAAAUGGCGGCGGUGCUGGAGAAGAUUGAGGGCGACAUGCCCUCUCUCCUGGAACAGAUCAGUGACUGCCCCGCCCCUCCUGAACCACCGCGCGCCUCCCGCAGCACACACACCUCACCCUCCCAUCUUCAGCAAACUCAUCCCCCCUCCUCCUCUUCCUCGCUCACCUCCUCCACUCCCCCUCCACCCCUGCCCACCACACCCAGGCCCCCUCUCCCCUCUCUCCCCCACCUCACGAUUCCCCCUCCCUCAUACCCGCCUCCCUCCCCGCCCACCCACUCCCCUGGUCAACCCACCAGUGAGCACGAGGAGAGAGACGGACAGAGGGGAGCAGGUCAAUAUAGCCAAUCCCCAUCUCCCAGACCAGGAAGGGGCCUCUGAGUGGGCGGGGUUUGUUUCAAUCCAGUGACAUUCACACCACCACUUUGAUUCUAUAAAGUAACAAUGAAGUAAAGAGUUAAUGGAACUCAACUAAAACAAAGGAAACGCCAUAGCAAUGUGGGUGGGAAACGCCCCAAAUUGGACGUAUAUCAGAGUUUUUUGACGGUUAGGCUUCCUCCUGUCCCCUGCUGUCUGUGCUCCAGUUACCUCUUUAUCACAUCCGUGCAUCAACACAUUGUUUCAUUCUAAGUAGGACAUCAGUGGAUUUUGGUACCAUCAGCAAUGGGUUUUAUGCUAGAUAUGUCGUAAACAUGAGAUCCAAAAGGUGCAGUUCAGCUGAAGAGUCAGAAAGGGAGAUUGAACAAAUUUUCUGAAUUGAUUGCAUUGCAGUGGAACUGAGCCCACCCCUGUUUCUAAAACUCAUGACAGGGGAUUGUGUCACAUGGCUCAUUAAAUGAACCACUGUUUCCCACCUGUCUACAACACAUUGUAUUGUAACUUGGUAUUGUGAUCUCUCUGUAAUGGAAUGAAGCCCUCCUAUGUCCUCCACUCUGUCCUCUUAAGAAGUGUUUUCCACUCCUGUCCCUUCUAGAAAGCCUGCCACUGACCCUUUUUGUUCUCAUUCCAAAUACCUUAUUAUCAGGAUCUUUUUGGACACGUUUGGACUCUGAUAUAGAGAAUUGUGUGGGGAUGUGAUGCCCCAGUAGGGCAGUGUGGUGUUAAUAUUUACACACACUGACUGAUCAUGUCACUUUGUGUUUAUGUAUGUACCCUGUGUCUGACUGUUGACCUCCCCUCCACGAACACACACACACACCCUCUUCCAUUUACUCCUACAUUUUGAUUGGUAACCGCUGUCUAUUGCUUUGCCCCUCUCCCUUCUGAUGUUAGUAAUAUCUUUGUUUCUUUCUGGAGACUGUUAUGUGGUCCCUCCCUAUCUGCUUACUUCUAAAAUGGCACUCUAUUGACUAUAGAGGUGAGAUACCAGCGCCCAACAAGUGCCAUUUGGGACGUCGACUCCAAGUUGUGCGCCUGUGACAUCCUGUAGGCUCGUCUAGGUUCUGCGCUUUACACCUCACGACUCACUAAGGCUGACCUUUGACCUGACAACUAUAUUCUUAUGUGAUCUGUCUGUUUGUCUGCAAGUCUUUCAAUAAAAUGUCCAGACUCAGA